GCCUAUGUUUGGUAGGGAGACACAUCUAACUUGCUGUACAGAUUGGAAAAUAUCACAGGACAGCAUUUUUCUACUCAACAAACGAUAAGAUAACUUGGGGCAAUUGACGGAAACAUAUUUCGGUUUAUCGAACUCGAUAGCUUGCCACAAACGAUGAGGUAACCUGCAGCAUGUGUUGAAGUUAUAUGGAAGCAAAUGAGAAUAUUGGCUGCGAGACAUUGGAACUCCCAAUCCAGCAAUGUAAAUCCAUUCAUGGACAACCAAUUACAGCAAAAUGGGUCUUUAUCGACAGCCAUUCUUCGAUUCGGACAGUGUCAUGACUCUGCUUCAGAUGACCAUAAGGAUAGCUUCCGUGAAAGUUACAGCCCUUCCGAAAAGGAAUGAAGGUUAUAGGUCCUCGGACUGCCUACAGUGACGAGAAGGACACCUCGAUUUUUAAAAGCAUUUAAGCAUUGAUCCCACAUCACAACACAGGCGAGGAUCUGUGAACUAUGUUUCACUUGAAUGUUUCUUUUUUAACAAAAUGUUAUUUCGAGUUGUUGACAGCUCUAUGGAUAUAAACAAGUAGUGUUUGGACAAAACGCGUGAAAAAUAUAGAGCUAGGUGAAUUCGAUCAGAUCGGGUGAAUAACGAAGAAUUGUUAAGAGACGAAACGGACAGAAAUUUUUGUGUAUGACUUUGAAUGGAUUUUUAGUAGAGUGAAACAAAAUGUCAACAAUGGCGCUGUGUCGGUUCGUUGGUCUGUGAUGGGGUUCUACUCGUGUCUUUCUAACAAUUCCUAUAGGAAUAUUCUGAUGGUAGGUUAUUGAGAACACUAACAUUACCAACAGGAGAAGAGGGGCAAUUAUAAUCACAAGUCAAUGGGGGUCGGAAUCAUGUUGUCUAAGUGUUGUCUAAGUCAAAACAUAAGAGGGGACGAAUGGAAUCGUCAACAGCUUUUGCCAGUUUGGACACUUAUUGCUCAGCAUUUCACUAUACAACGCUGAAAGGGAUGUGCCUAUUUUCGGGAUUUGAUUUAUCACCAUCAUUGCGGUACCUACACAGACAUGAAGAUUAGUUAAAUGGGUUUCUUUUAAGACGGAACUUCCCAUUUCCUGGUAUAGCAAGAGGAAGAUAGUGUAUCGGAACCAAACGCAUUCGUAUUGCACUUUGUUUUUCACACCAUUACUCGGCCACAUACUCAAAGGAAUACAUUUUAUUGGCCAAAAGUGAGGAUUAAAACGAAAUCCGUCGAAAAAAAACCAUAUUGACAGUUUAUAUGAGGAAUUAUGCCGAUUAAUAAACUAACAAUACACGUUUUAGAGACCAGUUAUUAUUAAAACUGGUAAUAAACCUUUAUAAAAUCAAAGGUACACAGAGGAUUAAAUAGUGGUUUAUACUUUUUGCAUGGAUUGCAGAGAAUAACAGCACAUGAACCCAAAUAGUAAUUCAUAAUAUCAACAUGCUGUCGUUGAGAACUUUCACACAGGACUUACGCUGGUUAAAAUGUUUUGGAUUCAAUGCUUUAUGGCGCUUAAUGGAUGGAUGAUUUAAAUAAGAUAUUUUGUUCGGUGGACACGAAUUAUGUUUAGCAGCGGAGACAGGUUCGUCUCAGUACAUUUGACUUCAAAGUCCUCUCUUGAUUUUUAUUCCGUGAGAUUCCACUAGAGGAGUAAGAGAAACUACAGGAAAUUCGAUCAGGGCACUCAGUCUUUGACGCCACAUUUUGGAGACCUGGAUACCAGACGUUGACAGAGAAAUACUAAGGAAACAAUCUGGGACCGUUGUAUACCAACAUAACAACUGAAAGAAAGUGCUGGAGUGUCAUUACGUACCCGAUAUUCGUCAAGUAUUUUCUGUUGUUAACCUUUUAACGAAAUUUACUAUUUUCUAAUCUCAUGUCGGCUGCAAGGAAUCUUAAAAUGGGUCUAUACACAAAUAUUUCGGUACUGCCUGACAGGCCAAUGUCGCGUCCGCUAACAAGAGAGACAGUAAACUCCGUUGACAGCUCGACUUUGGGCGGGAAAAGUUUUACAACUGCAACGUUCGAUACGUUUAGAGACAGUUCUGCAUUCUAUGAUUGGCCGGACUUACCCCCCAUUGAGAAAAUCAAGGAAGGGAUAGUACGGAGUCGCGUCAGUAAGGGUAUCAGUUACCUCCUUCCCGUUGAAAAGAGUAAAAACUCGAUAGAAACGAAUUUUCAGACGGAUUUGCGCGCUAUGUUUACGGAGCCUUACACUUCGGCGAAACAGAGCUACGAUGAGGCGAGGACUGUUGCUAGCGCGAGGCAUCAUCUUACCCCGAAUACGGCAAUGUCCUCAGACUCAGACAGGAGAGUGAUCUCUCGGAUCAUGAGCCCAGAGUUUGAAAGGGACAUGAAACUGAAUUCUGACUCCGAAAAAGCGAGACGGUCGUAUUCGCGUUCUGCACCCGCGCGCGCCAAAACGAAAACGCAGGACCACAAAAAUUUAAAACAGCGUUCUAAUCUAUUCAUUCCACUAAAGGCCAAGAUUCCCCCCGAGUUGCUUCAAUUGAAGGAGGAAGCUGAAAAGAUUUUACAAAGUGUGCAAGAAAAGGAUGACGAUGAUGAUGACUCUAAACAAAAUGAGCCAAAAGAGGAACAAAAACCGGACAAAAGCGCAAGAAAGAGUUCUACGGGCUUUUCCUUCUUCAGUGAUCCGUUCAGUCAGGACAUGUCCUUCAUGACUUUCGACGGUUACGGCGAAAAAAGCCUGGCGUCCGGGCAGCAUCAAUUCGUCAGGAGUACGGAACGCGCUGGUAUAAAGAGAUACAAAGACUUCGAAAAGAUAAAGGGCCCGGUUAAACCGGCAUUCCCCGAGGAGUUAAGGUCGCCGUAUUUGAAUGAUGACAAGAACGAUCAGAUAUGGGACUGGUUAGUAGAAGGGGAAAAGAUAGAUGAGUUUGAUUAUUUUCUGUCUGUCUGCGGGUGAAGACUUUAAUUGGUAACGUUGGGGUAACGUUGGCAUUGGUUUUGCCAAAUUGGAGAGGAUAACUGAAACACCCUCAUUCAAAUGCGCACGCUGAAUACAGCGCUUUUUUUCUUUGUAAAUUUUACUUCCAAGCUGCAGCGUGAUGAUUACUUAUCAUCUCUCUACGUGGCCCGGGCAUAUCGCAGGCCUGGCGUCGUGAACUUUUGUCGAAUGCCCCGAUAUCAUUGUUUUAAACAGCGCUAUAAAUAGUAGUAUAUGGUUGUAACAACAUUGGUGUUUUCUGAAGACAGUUUCGUCCUUUUUCCAACAAGUGACGCUUUCGUGAAAUAUUGUAGAAGAUAUCAUUUUCGUAGCAUAACAUUUUCGCGAAUGCCAGGUGUUGGACAUAUUCGCGGCAGUAUUUUCGCGAGUUAAGAUUUUUUUCAAACAGUACGUUUAAAGUAAAA